AAUGGGUUUCGUAGUGUAAAUAGAUUGUGCAAAAAAGGCAAACACGCAACUCCGAUUAACAUGUCGCUGAAGUUGUUGUUAAUGUUGUUUGUGAUGAUAGUUAUUGCCACUGAAGAAGAAGCAGCAACAGCAUUAUCAACGUAUGCUACUAUGAACAACAACAAGAACUACAAAAUUAACAGUACAACAACAAUGUGUUUGAUUAAUCGUUAAACGACGCGGAAGCGCUUUGUUUAGUGAUUGUUGUCACGUGACUGAAUAACAUUUAAAACGGUUAACGGUUAAAGGAAAGCCGCGCACAAAGCAUUGCUGCAACGCUUCAACUUUUAAAAGCAUUCAUUUUGUUUAAGCGUUUUUUAUGCUGGCUUAAGCGCUUAAGUUUGAUAAAAAUGUGAACGCCAAGUGAAAGCGGGCCUCGAGGUGCGGGAGAAAAUUAAGGAUUUUCAAUUCACAACAAAUGAACUGUUAAACAACGGCGCUCGCUUGUCAUAAAUAAAAUCAGCUGGUUAAACUUUGAAAGCAUGGUUUAUGGACGCAGCAUCGCAAUCGGUGGCUGUCUGCUGCUUUUGGUCAUUACACUUUCGGCAAUAAUAUUCUAUUUAAGUUUAGGACCCUGUCCGCAAGGCACCUUCGCCUGUGAUGGCAACACGUUGUGCGUGCCGCAGCGUCAAAUUUGCGACAAUCGCACAGAUUGCGAGGAUGGCAGCGACGAGCACCCGGUGGAGUGUGGCCUACUUUAUGGCAGUAAGGCGCUGACCGAUAAAAUUGUCGGCAAUGCAAUUGAACGGCGGCGACAACAACAGCGACAAAACCAACAACAACAGCAGAGUAAGGCAUUUAGCAGCGGGCGCAAUGGCACCGCGGCUCAAUUGAUAAAUGUGACGACAGUGGGUGUGACACCGGUGGAAUCGGCAAUCAUGGACACCGAAAAUGGUGGACGUCGUACGGCAGGCCGUGGUAACGAAGAAGUUGCGUUUUGCGAAAUAACAACAUAUCCAAAAGGUGUUUGCACCUGUCGUCAGCGUACGAUAUUGUAUUGUGGACGCAAGGCGAAAUUGACGCGCAUACCGCGCUUAAGUGCCGAGGUGACGUAUUUGAUGAUGAGCCGUAGUAAUUUGACGCUGCGUGAAAAUAGCUUUAUUGGGUUGAAACACUUACAGCAGCUCUCACUGAAGCGUUGCAACAUAUCGCAUGUGCCGCUAGGCACAUUCAAUGGCCUACAUCAGCUGGAGAAAUUGGAUGUGCGGCAUAACAAUAUCAGCACUUUGUCAGUUGGCAUAUUUCGUGGCAUGAACUCUCUGAUGUGGCUCUUUCUCAUUUCGAAUCAAUUGCGUACGUUGCCGUUGGCGCAAUUUGUGGACAUGCCACGCCUCGAAUGGCUGAUGCUGAAUGAUAAUUUGCUCACACUGCGUAACGAGAAAUUUCCGCACAUGCUGCGUCUCUAUGAAAUCUAUUUGGAUUCGAACGCCAUUGAGUACAUUUCAGAGGACAUGUUUGCAAAUCUCGCCACUUUGAAUCUGUUAAAUCUCAAUGACAAUCGUAUUACCCACAUACAUCCGAGAGCUUUUUGGGGUUUGAAUGACAUUAGAGAUGUUCGGCUCAUUGGCAAUCCGUUGAAGGAGCUCUCUGGUGAAGUAUUUCUGCGUAGCACUUGUCUAGAAGCGCUUUCCCUCAGUCACACACCGCUAUACAUCAGCCAACAGCUAAUUGGAUCUCUUAAUAUUUCGUAUCUUAAUUUGACGGGAAUCCCCUUCGAGCGCAUAGAUUUUGAUGCCAUCAAUCAGAUGUCAAAUCUCAAGUAUAUUGUGUUUGAGCGUUUCUAUUUUUGCUCGAUGACACCGCAAGUUCGUAUGUGUAAGCCGAAUAGUGAUGGUGUUUCAUCAUUUCGCGAUCUGCUGAGUAAACCGGUGCUACGCUACUCGGCUUGGAUAAUGGCUUUUGUGACGGUGAUAGGAAAUAUAAUGGUACUUUGGGGACGUUUCAUCUAUCGCGAUGAGAAUAUUGCCGUAACAAUGGUUAUACGGAACUUGGCACUGGCUGAUAUAUUAAUGGGUUUCUACUUAAUAACAAUUGGCGUACAGGAUUAUCGUUAUCGGAGCCAAUAUUACAAAGUCGCACUCGAUUGGAUCACCUCCUGGCAGUGCGCCGCUAUCGGCUCGCUGGCCGUAACAUCAUCCGAGGUGUCCAUGCUGAUACUCGCCUUCAUGUCAUUCGAACGUUUUCUACUUAUCGCCGAUCCGUUUCGCAGUCAACACCGUAUCGGUAUUAAGAAUAUUUUUAUAGCCCUACUGGCUAUCUGGUUGAUGGGCGUGGGCAUUGCUGUGGCGCCAGUUGCACUUUGGCACUCAAGCACCAAAUUCUAUGGCACCUACUCGGGCACAUGCUUCCCGCUACACAUACAGGAACCAUAUCCACUGGGUUGGCAAUAUUCGGCGUUCAUCUUCUUGGGCGUGAAUUUGUUUUUACUACUAAUGAUUGCGCUACUCUAUACAGCGUUGCUCAUAUCCAUUUGGCGUACACGUAAAGCGACACCGCUCUCCCUAUUGGAUUGUGAAUUUGCGGUGCGUUUCUUUUUUAUUGUGCUCACGGAUGUGUUGUGUUGGGCGCCUAUUAUUGCCAUGAAGAUUUGGGUCUUCUUCAACUAUAACAUUUCGGACGAUAUCUACGCUUGGUUGGUAGUCUUCAUAUUGCCGCUGAAUUCCGCUGUCAAUCCGCUGCUGUACACAUUCACCACACCAAAAUAUCGCAAUCAAAUACUUAUGCGCGGUUGGAAGAAAAUAACAUCGCGUCGUCGUGCUGAUCCAUCCAACGGUUUGGCGACGACAAUUGCAACCGCUACAGCAUCAUCAAAUCCGGAUGAAUCGUCGAGCAAAGCCAUACCGCUGACAGUGAAUCACUGAGAGUAACUUUUCUUUUAUAAAUAUACAUUCAAGGGUGGUUCAUAUACUGGUUUUUGUUAGAUUAACAUUCCUAAUUUAAGUGACAGAUUAUGCUUUUAUCUCGAGGUUGUCUUGCUCUUUACUCACCCGAACCGUUGUUGAAUAGUUCAUUACAACUUGGCCCUCGCGGUACCCAGAAAGUAAGUUUCUAAUGAUAACACGUUUAUCGUUAUUUGUCUCAUAGAAAGUUUAGCUAAAAAAGGUCCAGCUUGAUCCUAUAACAAUUAGCACUAACCGCAAUUAAGUUUCCUAUUGUAUUUCGAAAGAAAAAUGGACCAAUGAUAUAACUUUUCAAAAGACCGCAACAAACUCACAUUUUCGGAAAUGCAUUGGUUUCUCCCUGAAGUAAUUGGUUUUCCUUCAAAACCUAAUAGGUUAGGUUAGGUUAAUCUGGUAGACCAAUAAGCCACGCAUAGACCAGUUUUGGUCCGUUACAAUACUAGAUGUAGUUCAUUUGCUAGGUCUGAGAAGAGUAGUCAUUCAUUAGGAUCCCUCGCUUGAAGCGAUCUUUAACAGACUCUGCGGCCGGACUAUCGAUACCUUCUCCAGUGUUUCAUACCGUAGCGACCACCGAUGCUAACAGCGUAGUCUUGUCAAUGCGGGACAAGUACACAAGAGAAGUCCCAUUGUUUCCCUGGUGCCCUGCUCUAGACAUUUCCUGCAGUCUUCUCGAUCUGUCAGCCCUAUCCUGCGGCCGUGUGUCGCCACCAGACAGUGACCAGUUAGUAUUCCCAUCAUGUUCCUACAGUCUCUUCUAUCGAAUGCCAAUUUGUGUACUUCCCAUCUACCAUUUUACAUAUGAAUUUUGUAGUUUUAAUCCAGGUAGCUCGUUCCAUCGGGUUUUGAUUUUUUUUAACAUGCUUCUGUCAACAUCGUCGAAUAGAUAAUGUAUGGGUUUCACAAUGUUGAUCACGUUAUCGGAUGUUAUCCGUGCACCAUUCUUAGCAAUAUCGUCCACUAUUUCAUUGCUUUUGAUGCCUUUUUGGCCUGGCACCCAGUAGAAGUGUAGUUGCUUACUUUUGGCACUGCUGCCCAGCUUCUCAAGACACUUCUGACCGAUAUGCGAUACGAGCAUACUGCAUUCAUUGCUGCUUGGCUGUCUACUGGCUGUCUGUAGAUGUUGACUCUGAAAUUACCUGCAGGUGCAUUACAGGCCAGCUUCGCGGCUUUCGCAAUAGCAAAAACCUCAGCUUAAAAUAUACUGCAGUGAUCCGGCAACUUAAAAGGUUGCCUUAUACCUAACUGUGGACAGUAUAUUCCCGGACCAACUCCAUCGUCGAUUUUCGUGCCGUCAGUAUAGAUGUUUAGAGUCAUAGCUAACAUACCUUUACGCCAGGCAUCAUUUUCUGCGUUUUCUUUGAACCUUCUUUCCCAGUUGAAAAGUGUGGUCAUAUAGCCGGUGUUUGUCAAACCGCCAUUACCCACAGAGCUAUGCGGUUCAAUAUGUAAAUUCUCCUGCAGCCAGUAGUCGUCCCUGUGCAGUUUUCAGCGAAAAGGUCAAGAGGUGGCAGGUUCAGCACCAGUUCAAUAGCCGCCGUUGGAGUUGUUCUUAAAGCUCUCAGUUGCUCUGUUAUUCUCGUUGUUGUUGUUAAAUCGGUUACCUAAACCCUAUUUGGGUGGCAAUACUCAAAUUAGUUGCAAUCGAAAUCAUAUAACGGAAGGUCCAGGAAACGUGCAGUUUCAACAGGAGGUCGGAUCGGGACGGGCACGAGGUUUGUUAGAUGAGUGGAAUCCAUAAGUUGCCUAAGAGUCACUCUAGAUGCGGGAGAGAGUGCAGUGCAGACGACCAUAUCGCUAUGUAUGGCCUGCCAAUUGCCUUGUAGGUUGCUUGGUGACAACAUUUAUUUUUCUCUUCCCUAGGUCGGCUAGAAACUUGAAGAUUUCUUUUGUAUUUUCGCAAUACGCGGAGAGAAAGAAUGCAGGCUAUUGGAUUUAGUCUGCACUCCUUCGUAAAAUGGUCUCUGUGGAUUUGGUGGAGGCUAGUGUUAGCCUCCUUGAAAAGAAGAAGCGAGAAAGCUUGGUGAGUUAGCUAUCCAACCGAUCCUUUUAGUUAGUUAAAUUUCUUAUACGAGCCAUUGUUGUCAAAAUAAUAUGUGUGACUGAAAAUCUCACCAAAUGGACCACCCUUUAUAGAAAUAAAUAUAUAAGUGUGUAUUUCGUUGCCACCAAGUGGUUGUACGGGAAUUUACCAUAUAUUAAGAACACAUAGCAUAUACAUACAAACAUAUAUACAUAACCAGCUGUACGUAGUAAAAUAUCUACAUAUGUACAUACUAGCUACAACAUGUAACUGCUACCUCAAGUUAUCGAGUACAACAACAAGUGCAGUAGCAAGGGGUACUAUAUACAUACAUAUAUAUUUACCAAAGAAAUUGUCUAGCACUUAAGCUGCAUUUACAUACAAACAUACCGAUAUACAUACAUAUAUGUACAUAUGUUGCCAUAUACGUAUAAGUAUUUAGCUGUAUGUGUAUGCAUAAUUUACUAUUACUAGUAAAUAUAUAUUUAUUUAUUUAUUAUAUAUGUAAAAAACAAUUUACUUAUAUAGUAAAAAUAAUGUCAAAUUUUAUUCCACAUAAAAAUAUUGAAAUAAUGUGUUUUGAAGUAAAAUGAAUUGAAAAUAAGCGCUAAAGCACACACACAGUGAUUCAAAAUGCGCCCUGUAGUAAAAUAUCGAACUAGUUCAAAACUACUAGUUCACGACUAGUAGCUGAACGAUCUAAAUCAAUUUGCACUUUUUAAUUUGACAAGCUAGGUAUAGCAACACAGGUACACAGGUCUUAAGUGAUUUUGUUGUAUUACAUAUUAAGGGUAUUCAGACCGAACUGUUAUUUUGGUAAUUUGUUAGUUAAUACUUCGUUAAAAGGCUUAACUGUGAACAUACUUUUUGUUCUACCUCUGUAGUAUAGUAAAUUUUAUUCCAAAACAGCUAAAUAAAUAGUAAAAUGCCUCAGCAAAGUGCAAAAUCAAAAAUUGUCCGUCAUUUAAUUGAAAAUUAUGUAGAGCAGAUCAAAUUUAUUACUGGUAACUACUUUAAAUUGAUGUACAGAGGAGCAGGAGAACAGCUGAUGUGAUAUUACCGAGUAACGAAACAAUUAUCAAGCUUGCCAGAUGGAUAGUUCGUUACUCGGUAGAACGAUAGUCUGUUAAUUUUACAAAAACAAAAUACAUGUAAAAAACUACCGAAUAACGACUAACGAAUUAACAAGGCUGGUCUGAAUACCCUUAUUAUAUAUAGUACAUAU